AUGUACCUUCCGCUGACGGUCAUCGUGUGCCUUGUGCUGGUCGGGAGAGUGUGCACCGAUCCAAAGAUUGUGUAUAAAUUGAAAAACAUCGAGUGCACCGCCAAUCCGAAACGCGUCGAGAACAUCUCGUGCUCCAUCAAGGCCAUCAAUUGGAAUAAGGCAGUCGCUCAAAUGGACUGUGAUCUCAUUUUGCCAUUGCGUAAUACAUCGAUCGAAUUCGCAGUGCUCAAAAAGAAUAAUAACAACCAAUAUCAUCCGUUUCUGAUCAAUGUUACAUUCAAUGCCUGCGAUAUGCUGUCCAGCAGAAAGUACCUGCCCUAUGCACCGAUUAUGCGUAAAGUAAUGAAGAUCUAUACGAAUGUCAAUCAUACUUGCCCAGUCACGGUAAAAUCCAGUUAA